CUAGCAACAAUGGUUAACAACAAAAGUCAAGAUGCUUCAUCGCUGGCGAUGGUCAAGCUCAUUAUGUUUAUCCAACAUUAGAUGACUAUUUGAUAUCAACCAAGGAUGGAAGACCAGASUGAGUCAAAAGAUAAGACAACAGCAAACGAAAAACAGAAGAAAAAAGCAGAUGAACACAAGGUUACGUUCACAAUUACAAUUGUGAAAGCGUUCCCAACAGUUGAAGAAGACAUCAAACCCAACUUAAAAGGACUUGGAGGUUUGACUGGACGUCGGCGAGUGUUUGAAGCACCAAAACCACARCAUUAUUUUCACCUGGAAUAUAAGCUACUACCAUCUGAGUCAGACACUGUAAAGGCUGAUCUAGUGACUUAUGGAGUUGCAGCUAAGGUUUAUAUGGAGACUGACUCAAARGUCUUGAAAACCUGGAAAGAGGGUGAUUUGACUUGGGUGGCUUGGACUCAUAGCCACAAGUUCACMAUUACCAAAGAUGUUCUUUUAAAAAUGUACAAUCAUACUUUAGAGCUUAAAAUCUGGGACACCAAAGACAAGGUGUCUCCCCGUGCAAGGUUUGAUCGUCCUAAGGCUUUUAGAUUACCAGGAAUUGGCGAUGAAUCAGAUGACAACAGYGUCAAAUCACAAGUCGCUAAACAAAUGAUGGCAUACGAUGAUUUGCAACCUAAACCCUCUUUCACAAAACUAAAACAAGAGAAAAAAGAAGAAAAGAAACACUUUAAAGCAACAAGUCGAACAAUUGAGAGAAAAGUUGAAUCUCAUAAUACUAAGUCAGACCUCGAGACAAGCAGGGCUGUGACUGCUCCAUCGACCUUUUGUUCUACAUCACUGUCCACUUCUGAAACGCCCACCACAGCUUUGGGCAAUCAAAGUGUAAUGCAUGUACAAGUCCGGGUAGAUGAWCAUGAGACUCCWCAUUUUGGWCGACUUGCAGAGCUUGCUGGAGUCACACCACCGUCCCAAGAUGACCCUACUGGAGAAGUAGAAGCCACAAGUAGAAUGUCCAGARUUAAAGCUGAUGAAAGAACUGUGACACCAAGAAAACGACGACAAAGUGGCACGGAAAAAACGCUUCAUGUCAAGCAGUCAGACUUGGACGUAGUGUUAAGCAAACACAAAAAACAUAGUAAACUCAAUGCCAGGAGAGAAAUGGCAGCGGCCGCUGCAGCACAUGUCCGUUCACAUGGCUUGGCUUCAGUCUCCAUUAAACUUGCUCUGUUCUUUUCUGGUAUGAAAAGCUGCACAACAAGACUUGAUAAGCCUUCGGGACACGUACGGGACUUGUUUCUCACAUUGAGUGUCGACAAAAACCUCUUAUCUGAAAGUCAAAAGAAGGAUUUGAACCCUAUGGUGAUUCAAGUGAAUUCUGCUUGUAAUAUGCCCAAUGUCCCUCUGUCACACGAACAACUAAAGACUAGAAGAGAAACCGAUGCCUUCUGCAAACUACUUAGAGUCUGGUAGUGAGCUGAAAAUCAAAAUAGARAUCGCUUACCCGUUAAAUAGAGACGCCGAACAGAUUGACAGUACAUCAGAGAAAAACGUAUCACCAGAGACCAACACUGAAUCAGAUGAGAACGAAACUCGUCAGUGUCCAUUUGGCCGCAUCGUGUACAUCUUCCAGUACACAAACAGUGCGUUCCUACGUCRAAUACAGUCAGAAAUCACAGCCAUCAAUGCCGAGGCGCUGGAGCUCGAAAACCUCCCGAAACAUGUCAUCGAUGCGGCUCUUUCUACUUAUAAACUCUCCGAAGAACAACGAAAGAGCAAAACAUUGAAUAUUAUUACAGGAUUUCAGGUUCUGGAUGGUGAAUACCACAUGUUUGUGUUAGAAGGCAUUUCUAAUGAAGGCAUACUUCGAUUAUGGACGCGUUUACCAAGGCCACCCGAAUCAGAUUUAACCAAGUUCAACGUGUUGUAUAACUCAGAGAUGCUGUUCUCUGAUCGAUUGUAUGCGUCGUUGGAUGUGGACCUAUGCCGUGUGCGUCUACAUGAACCUCUCAAUAUUAUCGUCCAAAACCCUCUAUUGUACGUCAGAGACCUGGUGCCGAAGCCAUGCUUCUCAGCACUCAGUAAGCUUGAUAAGCUACUCAGAGUUACCAGGCUCCGCCAGGCAACAAGAGCCGAGCUAUUUCCCAGUGCAGAAAUGGUGAUUUCAAUGAGCCGUGAGUUUGGUGUCCCAUUAACAGCAGAGGACUUUGGAGAACUUGAACUUCCGCAGUUCGAAGAUAAUCUAGUUCGACGUGGAGGUGCGAUCGAGGAAAAGAAGACUUCGAGAGUCUGGACACCAAUCGCUGAUGUCAAUGAAUCRUACGAACAGGUUUUGAAGGAACGACUGAACACGUCUGCUCCGGAAAGAGACUUUAUCAAAGAAAAUAUCAUGAAAACAAAAACCGCAAGUCGAGAACGUCCAAAGACAAUCGCUGUUGAUACCUGCGAGCUAUUYAAUCAAACCGCUCACAACUAUAGUAUACAAACUCUUAAUUCUACGGAACUGGCCAAGGAAAAGCUAAGACGAAUACUGUCAAAGGAAGAAAAGCAUCGCUUCACAUACUGCCUUCAAAACAAYAGCGCUAUCGUUCUUCCCGUUGACCCAGAAGCAGUCAAAAAGACAUCAAAUCUUGAGUCAGUCCAAAAAUGGCGGACGGAAGAUGGCUUUGUGUAUCCGGGCAAGAAAACKUCUCUACAGUCGAACGCUCACCCUAAGAAACCAGACAGUGCUCGAUUAGAUGAAUURCACAAGCCUUGGAAAGAAAAUAUUCUUCAUGCAAACAAGCUUAAGCCAACAGUGAACAGGGAUAUCUUCCCCUGGCCAUACCGAGAUAAAGAUUUCAACCUYCAYCUCGAAAACCGUGAUAUUCCAAUAGUGCGAUCGAUUCACGCGGCGGGAGACAUCAAAGAACAAGAGCAACAGCUUGCACAAGCCUUACAGGCAGAGACGUGGCGKAGCAAAGUAGUAGUCGAGAAUCCAAUCUUCCGUACACAUCGAUGCUUAACAACUACUGAACUACACGAUCGCGGGCCACGAGCCUCAAAUCAACUUGCUAAGCUAAAAGGACUUCUGAAAGAUCCACCUAGAACGUUAUCUCUCAAGAAACCUGGCAUUACMCUAGGGGAAAUACCAUCCCUAGCAGUAGUAGGUAAUCMAAGUGACCAGACACUUGAGAAGACCUCUCGGGAGCUUAGACGUUCYCGUGUAGUCGAYCCAGGACCUCCMGGUUAUAAUCCGGGACCUUUUGAAAAUGAAGGSUGGCUGCUGGAAAAGAAUAAAAUACCGAUWCACGAUCGUGAACACAAGAAAUAUAAAGAYCUAAAGGGACARGACUUUUGGUUAUACCACAAAGAAAGGGAUGCAUUGUACCGAAGACGAAUUGCACCAUUAUUAAAAGACGAAAGAGACAAUAAUCUGUUUGCUGUAGCUGAUACCUGCAGUUAAUAUCGACAUCAAUCAAAUAAUUCAAUUUAGCUAUCAAUCUCUUAUAGCUAU